UCCAACCCAGACAUUCCAGCUGCAGCUGCAGAACAGAUCUUACAGCUAUUGCGCCCGCUGAACACGGUGCCCACCACCAUGGGGAAGAAACUGGACCUUUCCAAGCUGAGCGAUGAUGAGGCCAAACAUGUGUGGGAGGUUAUUGAGAGAGACAUGAAUCUACGCAAGAAUGAAGAGCAGAGGCUUGAGGAUCUAAAAGAAAAAUUGGAGAAGGAGGACAGUAAGAGGGAGUUUCUGUGCAACCAGAGUAGUCUGAACAGCACACACUGCAUUCACUGCCUGCAACCCUUCCAGUUCCUGAUUAACAGCAAGCGCCAGUGCAAAGACUGCCAGUUAUAUGUCUGCAAGAACUGCAGCCGCUACAACAAGAAAGAGCAGGGCUGGGUGUGUGAUACAUGCAGGGUCUCGAGAACGGUGAAGAUCGGAUCCCAUGAAUGGUAUCAUGACCAUGUACGCUCUAGAUUCAAGCGGUUUGGCAGCGCCAAAGUGUUGCGCUCUCUGUACCUAAGGAAGCAGUCUGAUAGAGGAAUUCAGGAUAGAGUACAGAGCAUGCCCGAUAUCAACCGAGAAUAUCUGCGCCAGGCGAGGGCUGGGAUGUUUGCUGAUGAGGAUGAUGAUGUACUGGACGGUGCAGAAGCUCAGCGCUAUAGUAUGAUGCGCAAGACCAAGCGUCUGCUGUCAGUUCACCCAUAUGACUUUGACAAUGAUUCUGAGUAUUCAGCUCAGUCACGCAGACAAUCGGUGCAGCUUUCUCCAUCUCUAGAACCAGAUGUUUUCCAGUCGUUUUCUGAGUACACCAGCACUGGCAGAGACGUGGCUCGAAAAAAUUCACUCAUUGCCGAAGCUGAGCUGGCUUCAGUGUUCCACCGGCUACUCCAGGAGCAAGGCCAAAAUACCCCCAACCCAGAGCAGGAGUUCAGUACUGAAGUCCGUUUGACAAUGAACUCUCGACGCCGUAGUCUGGAAAACAUCCGGAGGUCCAACCUUCCUUCUUUAACAGAAUCACAAACAAAUUGUUCCAUCCCAGAUCCCCAACUAACUCGCACCCGCUAUCUCCCUAAAGGCAGCCCUUAUCUUAUACCCAAGGGAUCACAGUACUCUGGUGACAUGGACAGCUCGGAUGACGAAAGGGGUGCUGCACCCAAAGCUCCUCCCAAACGUAGAAGCCGGGCAUCAUCUCAGGAAAAUAUCCACCACUCAGGAACACAGAUCUCUGAUCUGAACAAACGCAUGUCCGCUAUUGAACGCAUGCUAAACCGCCUAGAGGAAAGAAUCUCUGUGCAGUCUGAUGAGUCCACAGGCCAAGGAGGACAAACUGAUGCAGACUUGGAGGAAGAAACACUUAAACGAAAGAUAGGAGAACUUGCCAGUAACCUUAGUGAUAAAGGAGGCUCUUCUGAUGAGGAGAAAGGACCAAAAUUCAAGUCAACAGUGAAACUUUCCAAUGAGGAUGCUACUGACGAUCAGGCCCAGAAGAGGACAGCAGCUCAGGCUCUCUGUGAUAUCACAGCCAAAACAUUGAGGACAAUAAAUGCCACUGAGAGAGCCAUGCAAGAAGCCUUUGACGGUGAGAUCCAACAGCCCAUCAUUCAUUACACCAAACCAGGAGCCAGCGGCAAGGCACAGGCUGAAUUCCAGAAAUUAGAAGAAAAUGUGUACAUGGUAGCAGAUAAGACAUAUCGACUUGAAAAGAACCUCCAGGAUCUGGAGGAACGUGCACUUCAGAGUGGAACCACAGAUUCUGAGCUUUCAGAAUUAGAGGUCAGUGUGGCAUCUGCUAUGGCACAAGUGCAACAGGCAGAGAGUGAGGUGUCAGAUAUUGAAUCCAGAAUAGCUGCUCUAAGUGCAGCAGGACUCACUGUGUCACCUUCAGACAAGGCAAAGAAGAAGUCCAGCUCUCGGACGACCGCCUCUGCUAUAUCCAGAAGCACAGAGCCAUUUCGCUCCUCAUCACCAGAAUUGCAAAACCUUACUUCAACACCCAGUGAAGCCAAGAUUCUAACAAUGCAGCAGGCUCUAAGAAGAAAAUUUAAUAUUGACACGGAUAUGGCUGAUGGUUCCUUUGAACGUAAUGCACUUUACCGCGGCUCCCUGACACAACGCAAUCCAAAUGGGAAGAGCAGAAAGCUGGACCGCGUCUUUGCUAAACCUGUUCUCAGCCAGAGAUGAAACAAGGAUCAAAGCCUUCUUCAAAUGCAAUGGCUCCUUCUGCUUCAUUUACAUCAAGAGGAUUAAACCCUAGCUUACAGCAGCAAACUUUAUGGGGGUCAUUUAUUAAGACCUUGCACUCAAGGGGGAUUCACCAAAGUUAUGAAGAGGUGCCGCUUCUACAAAACUUAGUAUCCACUGCCGGUCUAAAUGUAAGACAGCUUCCUUGCUGGCUUAUAUUUAGAUCAUUAUCUAUACCUAAAAAGGCAUAGAAAAUGAUAAUUGAGACAGGCCAACACACCCCCUUUUUUUAGACCUGGCGUGAGAAGGUAAAACAGACUGUGGCGCAAAUUACCUUUUGCUCUGCAAUUUGCGCCAGAUAUACACCAGAAAAUUGGCGUAUAUCAGUUAUUAAAUGACUCCCUAUGUCAGGGAUAGCCAACCUGAGGCUCUCCAGCUGUUGCAAAACUACAACUACCAGCAUGCCUAGACUGCCUACAACUAUCAGCCUACAGCAGGGCAUGGUGGGAGUUGUAGUUUUACAACAGCUGGAGAGCUGCAGGUUGGCCAUCCCUGCUCUAUGUACACAGCCAUGUCUGCUAUAAGUGCCUGGAACUAGGAUAUUCAAGGCCUACUAAUAAAUGUUAUUAUAAUGGUCUCAUAUAUAGAAGUGAUCAUAUUCUUUAUUGUACUGUUCUGCAAUGCUACUGAAAAAAAUCACUAAUUCUAAAGACUAAAAAACUUACAUCACUAGACCCUAAAGUAUAUGGCUAGCAAAUUUGAAGGUUAAACUCUAGACUGACAUGGAAGAAAAGAUAUGUAUUUGUAUAUAAUACAGUAUGUAAGAGGUAAUACGGCAAUGGGAAGAAAGCUAGAGAAACUGAUAGAGAUUAUGGGAGACAUUUAUUAAGACACUGGUCUUAGUCCCUUUGCGCUGCCAGUGGAAGUUAUGUGGAGGUGCAGUCCUCUACAUAACUUUGGGGCUUCCUCCAGCAGGCCGCACGACAUACUAAAAUGUACGCCAGCUCCCUCGCUGGUGUAUAUUUAGAUAAUUUUCCACACCAAAAACUGAAAUGAGACUGGCCUGCCGGCCCACCUUCUUCCCCGCCGACCCUAGGCCCCCCUUUCUCUGCUCUCAGGAAAAGUGGCGUGAGUAGCAAAACGUUGUAGAUUUUGCCGCAAAAUAACACUGCAAAAUCUGCAACAUUAAUAAAAGUGGCGUAUAAUUCAUAAUAAAUGUCCCCCUAUGUAUGUAGCCAUAAUGGCGGUCAAGUUGAGAAUAGUAGUAAACAGUGAGACACGUGUUGGAUAAGAAUCUUAGAAUGGAUUUUAUUUUACCUGUACCAAACAUUUAUUUUUGGGCUAGUGACUAUUCCUUACCUCCAGGCACUGUAGCUAGGAGAACCAAAGAAAAUUAUGUUACAUUCUAUUCUAUUGCUUUAUGUCUAUACUUGUAUUGUCUGUGUAAACUCUGUAUGUAUACUCUUGCUCCAGGGGUAUCCAUGUUUUAUGAACAAACGUUCUCAUAGGUGUUCCUAGAGGUAGUUUAAAAAGGUGGUUUUAUAAAAAUAAAAAAAAUGGGCCCUUGGAAACAAGUAAUGUACAGCCCCCCUUGCAAAUUAUACUGUUUCUCUCACAAAACACUGCCAUAGCACCAAACAAAACCAACAACACCUCAAUAUACAGCCUACCUAAUGCCACAAUCUUGUACACAAACAAUAUGCAGUAUCUAAGUAAUACUUCCCUAAAAAGCCCACAAAAUAGUGGCAUAUGCACUUACUAUUCGCUGCCGUCAUGAUGUUGAGCUCCUAUAAAAUAAGUUUUGAUGUAACAGUCCUGCUUCUCUGACCACUGUAGGUGCAGGCAUACUAACUAAAAUUUCUGGAGAACAUCAAACAUAGGUUGGCACCAAAGAUACAUGCCGGUAUGUUUAGUGUAUCUAUUAGAAGGUAUGAAAUUCAAGAGUGAUACGUCCACCAGAUACCCAUUUCUGUAUGUGUUAUGUAUGGCUUAUAUUGUGGAUAAGUAAUGUAUAAAUAAUAAAAAGAAAAAUAUGAAAAU